AUGUUUUUUCUCUUAAAGGCUCUUCGAAGUGCUAUCGAAUCCUCCUCCCAACUUCAGCUGGUUAUUUGCGAUGGACCCCCGAGCCUGGUUUCCUGCCUAGCCGGUGUGUAUGAGCCCGAACAAACGUACCUUGCUAGUCCCCUGGGCGGCGGAACAUCUCCAUUUGGCAGACGGCGACUGCGCACAACUGGAAGCUCCGCCUCUGUAAUAGGGGGUUAUGGCAACAGCGGGGUGGGUAGCACAGGAAGCUUGGCUGUCAGAGAUCACUACUAUCGUCUUCUAGUGGCAGCCGUCUCAGUGGACCCGAGCGAAGACGAAGCGGGUGACGAGGAUGAUGUAGAAGAAGAAGACGGUGUAGAAGAGCGGCCUGAAGAGGAGGUCAGAGAGGCGCCGGGGCCGGUUGUUCCUGCUCAUGAACUUGUAGGCGGAAACCAAGGUUUAGCAAGGCCUGGGAAACGGAAGGUGGAUGGGAGCAAGGACGAAGAAGAUGAGAUCAAUAAAGACAAUCUGGGUGUAGUGAGGCGGCGAGGUCAGUUACUAGCAGAGCCUGAAAUGGAACAGUGGACGAGUGACACGAGCACGAGGAAUUCACCUUUGCAGCACCAGAAAGCCCAAGUGAUUAAUUAUCAAUCUGUAGCUAGUUUGGUUGACUUAAUCGAAAAAUAA